GCACGCAUAAUCUCGCCCGCCUCCGUAUCCUAAUUCCGUCCACAAAACAGUCAUCCCUUAAACCCUCGUUAAAAACCCAAAAGCCUCGAUCUUCCCAACUUUUUCCAAUGGUGAUUUUCAGAUAUCGAUAGAGCCAAUCGGUUGCGCCGAUGACCUCCGCCGGAGUUUCUCCACUCCCAAACUUGCUGCCCAAGCAUCAUCGUUUUUCAUUCAAGUUCUCCUUCUCGGAAGUCCUAUUUCAGCUCGCUCCUCCGAAGCUGCCUUAUUCGAAAUGCCCCUGCCGGGACUGGAACUCAUAUUUCUCAGUCAGCACGAACGCUGUCUACAUGGAGGUUUCCCAAGCAACUGCAGCGGCUCCUUGGAAGGAGAAGGGCGACUCGCCUUCUGAUAUUGACGACAUUUCCAUCUUAAACGAGAGAAUACGAAAAGAGUUUGGUAAGAGGCAGGGUUUGAGGGCAGGAAAUAACUCAUUGGAUUCUGUCGAGGUGGAGAAGUAUAUCAAAGCGGUGAAGCAGCAGCAGCAACUGGGGCUUCAGAAGCUCAAGGGAGACGCUGCGAACAACGGCAGGAUUGGCUAUAAGGUGGAUCCUUAUACGCUUGAACCGGGAGAUUAUGUCGUGCAUAAGAAGGUGGGCAUUGGGAGAUUUGUGGCAAUCAAGUAUGAUGUGUCAAAGAGUUCCUCGGAGCCCAUGGAUUAUGUUUUCAUCGAGUAUGCGGAUGGGAUGGCGAAGCUUCCUGCCAAGCAGGCAUACCGGAUGCUUUACCGCUAUAAUCUUCCCAAUGAAACCAGAAAACCACGGGCCUUGAGCAAACUGAACGACACUAGUGCGUGGGAGCGGAGAAGGAUUAAGGGAAAGGUUGCUGUUCAGAAAAUGGUUGUUGACUUGAUGGAACUCUAUCUACACAGGUUGAAGCAGAAGAGGCUCUUGUAUAAAAAAACUCUAGACAUGGCUGAGUUUGUAUCUCAGUUUCCUUAUGAUCCCACCCAUGAUCAGCAACAGGCUUUUCUUGAUGUUGAGAAAGACUUGACAGAAAGAGAAACUCCAAUGGACAGGCUUAUUUGUGGAGAUGUUGGUUUUGGUAAAACGGAAGUCGCAUUGCGUGCCAUCUUUAUUGUCGUCUCUGCUGGCAAGCAAGCAAUGGUUCUGGCGCCAACUAUUGUUCUUGCCAAACAGCACUUCGAUGUCAUUUCAGAACGCUUUGGUAGUUAUCCUCAUAUCCAUGUUGGCCUGUUAUGUAGGUUUCAGACGAAGUCGGAGAAAGAGGAACAUCUUUCAUUGAUCAAGAAUGGGGAUUUGGACAUAAUUGUUGGAACUCAUGCACUUCUUGGCGAUCGCGUGGUUUACAGCAAUCUCGGCCUUCUCAUCGUUGAUGAGGAACAGAGGUUUGGCGUAAAGCAGAAAGAGAAGAUAGCAUCAUUGAAAACUUCAGUUGAUGUUCUCACUCUUUCUGCCACACCUAUUCCCCGAACGCUUUACUUGGCUUUGACUGGGUUCCGUGAUGCUAGUUUAAUUUCAACACCACCCCCAGAAAGAGUUCCUAUAAAGACUCACCUCUCAGCCUAUUGUAAAGAAAAGGUUCUAUCUGCAAUCAAAUUUGAGCUAGACCGUGGUGGUCAAGUUUUCUAUGUUCUUCCUCGAAUUAAAGGCUUAGAAGAGGUGAUGGAAUUUCUUGAGCAGUCAUUUCCAGAUGUUAUGGUUGCUAUUGCUCAUGGGAAGCAAUACUCAAAACAACUAGAAGAAACAAUGAAAAUGUUUGCCCUUGGAGAUAUCAAGGUCCUCAUCUCUACAAACAUAGUUGAAAAUGGGUUGAAUAUCCAAAAUGCUAAUACCAUAAUAAUUCAGGAAGUCCAACAGUUUGGGUUGGCUCAGUUGUAUCAGUUGCGUGGAAGAGUUGGCCGGGCCGAUAAAGUGGCUUAUGCAUAUUUAUUUUAUCCUGACAAAUCAUUGCUCUCAGAGCAAGCUCUGGAGAGGCUUGCUGCUAUUGAGGAAUAUCAGGAACUUGGGCAAGGCUUUCAGUUGGCUGAGAGGGACAUGGGGAUAAGAGGAUUUGGAAGCAUAUUUGGCGAGCAGCAGAGCGGGGAUAUUGGCAAUGUUGGAGUUGAUCUUUUCUUUGAGAUGCUUUUUGAGAGCUUAUCAAAGGUUGAUGAACACCGUGUUAUCUCAGUUUCUUACAAAGAUGCACAGUUUGAUGUAAAUAUUACUCCCCGCCUUUCUUCGGAAUAUAUAAGCAAUAUUAAGAAUCCUGUUGAAUUAAUUAGCGAAGCAGAAAGAGCAGCUGAAAGUGACAUCUGGAGCCUGAUGCAAUUCACUGAGCAGUUGCGUCAGCAAUAUGGAAAAGAACCUCGUUCUAUGGAGAUGCUUCUAAAAAAGCUUUAUGUAAGGCGUAUGGCAGCAGAUCUUGGUAUAACCCGGAUCUAUGCAUAUGGAAAGAGAGUUAUUAUGACAACCAACAUGAGUAAGAAGGUGUUUAAGCUUAUGACUGAGGCCAUGGCAUCGGACAUACAUCGUAACUCUCUUACUUAUAAUGGCACCGAAAUCAAGAAUAAAACAUGUUGGCAGGCAUGACAGGACAAUGGCUGGCAGCUCUGGCGGUGUCACGAUUUGUUGGCAAUAGCAAGCGAUGAAUUGUGGAUGGAGACAAUGAGGUAGGGAUGGUUGUGGUGCUAGUGAAGAUACGCAAUUGUAGCGAAUAUAGAGCAAUAGAACUGUAGUGGGCCGCUUUAGGCGGUGGCUAGUUGCUGGCGAAAAGAGACAGUGGUGGCAUGGUAAGCGAUAGCAGUGAUCAACUUUCUGUGCAGUUAAUGAGUAUAAAUUGUGUAUUCAAAGCUUGAUCAAGUUUGGAAUGCAUCUACAUUCAUUUUACUUCAGACAAAACAUCAAUACUUUCAAAAUUAAUGCCGUUGCAAUAUUUUACGCCCAUUUUACUUCAAAUUA